UGUUGAAAGUGCCUGCGCGCAGCACUACGCCGCAAAACAAUGGAAACGCACCGGCAAAUUUCGAAAAUUUCGAACUGAAAUUCCUUAAUUGAGAACGCGCCAACCAUCCCCGAAAUACAACGGUGCGGAACUGUGUUCGAUAUUCGAAAAUGUGACUAAUUUUUUUUUUAAAUCAAAACUUUUUAGAAAAUUCGAAUUUUACGCUUUGAAUUUUUUGUUAUAUAAAAAUAACGUUUCGUAAUCACAAGAAAAUGUAAAAUUACGCAACGGUCGUAAAAAGUGUGCGAUUUUUUUGUCGAUAAAGAUUUUGGCGCGCAUUUCUCUUGACACGGCCAUAUUGGUUUGUGUCGAAAAAUGCAAAAAGUAUAGACGAUAGUUUGAUAUGUGAUCAACGAAAUUGGACUUUUGAGUGUUGGACAAGACGAAGAUCCGUCGUGUAGCGGCGCGCAAUAUCGCAUGAAUUCGUUGUGACCAUACGCCCGAAACUGGAAUUAAUGUUGAAGUACUUCAAUGAGAACAUAUCCCUAGCGCUCCAGGAGAGGUACAGGGACCUCCAUGAGUAUCGGAAGGCGGAAGUAGAGGACUCACCGAGGGAGGCAAAAGUACCAAAAAUAGCGGAGGAAGGCGAGGCGGUCGGCGGCGAGGGCGCUUUCGAGCCGGGCGCCGCGCCGCCGUUCCCUCGGCUCCUGGAGCCGCCUAAGGAGGAAGACAACUUUGUGGCCAGCUGGCUACACAACUCCUUUAAGAUGACGGCCGCAGAAGGCAACGAGGCAGCCGCAGGAGGCAGCGCACUAGAUCUUCGCGCCGCCCCCUUAUCCCUGCAUAUACCUGCGCUGCAGACUGAGGCCCAGAGGUUUAAGAUGCAGGACUUCUGGAACAGAAGCCGACCAGGAUCACCAGUGCAGGAACAGGUGGAUCACAACCAACCUGGUCCAGCACCUCCCACACCUCAGCCGUCUGCCACACCUGACCACAAGAUCCUGACCGAGAAACUCGUUAGUGAAAUUCAGCAACAGUAGCAGUCACCAUCCGCAGAUUCUACGAUGAGCGAGCGAUCACUUGUGCCUUUCGCGCUGGUAAAUUUACUAUCAUCACUCAAUAAUGUCGAUCCGCAGCAGUCGCCGUCCGGGGAAGCCCCGCUGGGCGACCGCAACGUGCUGCCCUACGCAUUGGUAAAUUUCCUGAAUAGCCUCAAUAUCGAUCAACAAGCGAGAUCCGGCCAGAGUAUCAGCGAGAGAACGCUAGAAGAAUGCUGGUCGACACUUCAGCGAAUCUUCAUGCACAAGAACGCAAUGCAGAUGCACGCGAGGGAGCUGCAACGUGGCUUGGGUGGUGAGGUGAAACCACACCAGUGCCAGCAGUGCCUGAAAUCAUUCAGCUCGAACCACCAGCUGGUCCAGCACAUCAGGGUUCACACGGGCGAGAAGCCCUACAAGUGCUCAUACUGCGACAGACGGUUCAAGCAAUUGAGCCAUGUUCAGCAACACACGCGAUUACAUACAGGCGAAAGACCUUAUAAAUGUCACCUACCAGAUUGUGGAAGAGCCUUCAUACAGCUAUCCAAUUUGCAGCAACAUCUGAGGAACCAUGAUGCUCAGGUGGAAAGGGCCAAGAACAGACCCUUUCACUGUAACAUUUGUGGCAAGGGAUUUGCAACUGAGAGCAGUCUAAGAACACAUACUGCCAAGGUCAGUAUUGAUGAGCUUCAGCUGCACCUUGGUGUUUUGCAGCAACAUGCGGCACUCAUGAUAGGUGGUGCCACCGCAACACCAUGCCCAAUAUGCCACAAAGUCGUUUUCGGGGGCGAAGCCCUUGUUGAACAUAUGAAGAACACCCACAAGGACCCGAACGCGUCCGGCGUUGCGAGUCCGCCCGCCACAUCACCGUACCCAGCGCAAGCUAAACCUGUUGAUCCUUAUAUAGCGAAGCGGCGUACUGCGAACCAUCCAUGUCCAGUUUGUGGGAAGCAUUACGUUAACGAGGGUUCAUUGAGAAAGCACCUUGCCUGCCAUCCAGAGACACAACUGACUAGCGGACUGCGGAUGUGGCCCUGUUCCGUCUGUCAAGCCGUGUUCACACACGAGAGCGGUCUUCUCUCCCACAUGGAGCAUAUGAGAAUGGAACCUAAACAUCAGUUCGCUGCGCAGUACGUCCUCUCAAGAGCAGCCGCAGAAAGACGAGAAAGAGAUAUUAUCGCAGCCGUUUCAGCAUCUGCGGGAGGAUCAGGCCUUCUCAAUCUGGCCCCUCCUUCACCAGCACAUUCUGAUUCAUCAUCGAAUGGCCGUCUCUCAUCAUCAGCGGGAUCCGAAGCAGGAGCUGCGGUAAAUAAACUUUCCGAUUUACUACGUUCUGCAAAUAACGGUCACCAGGCAUACGGAGAUGAAAGAGUAGCAGCCAUCGCAGCAGCUGCCGCUAACAUGAUGGCGCAACCAGGAGAAGGAGCAAAUGCGGUACAAGUUGCUGCUGCUAAUUUAGUUACAGCUAUGCGUCAACAACUAGCCAGAGAGCCGCCAGUGCAACCACCUCCUGAAACACCUCCAGCUCCAACUGAAGCCGCUCUUAGAAUCCAACAGGCUGAAGCUCUAUUACGAAGUCAAGCAGAGGCAUUAAGAUUAGCAGUUUCUCAAGCAGCAGCAGCCCAUAGCAAUGAAAGUCCAAGUCCGCUAAGACACAAUGGCGGCUUCCCUCCAACGAAUGACGCGAGUGGACAGUUAUCUCCUGAAUUGGUGGAAGCGUUUAGAAUCGCUCAGGAAGAAAGAUUGCAACAGGCCUUGCGGUUGCACGAUCCAAGGAUGUUGGGUUUCAAUUUACCGUCACCAGUUCAGCAAGCUGCUCAGCAGGCAGUGGCCGCUCAGCAGGUGGCUCAGGCACAAGUUCAGGCCGCUCAGGCGGCUCAAGCUGCUCAAGCUGCGCAAGCCGCUCAAGCCGCCCAGCAGGUUGUACAACAACAGCAACAAAUGCAACAGGCUGCCCAAGCUGCCCAGCAAGUCGUGCAACAACAGCAACAAAUGCAGCAGGCUGCCCAGCAAGCCGCACAGCAAGCUGUCCACCUCCAACAAAACCCUCAACCAUGAAAAUUCAGCUAUUACUAAUCCGACGCGAUUUCGGUUCCUAACUUCUUAUCGCGAAAACUAAAUUUAUAUGAAAAAAAAAUUAAAAAUUAAGUUUUUACUAUUUUCGGUAAACGAAAUGAGAAAUUUAUUUUCGACGGAGCGUGAAAUGAAAUCGCCUCUGAUUAGUAAUUGUGUUCGUUUUAUUACAACAGUGAUGUUUUUCUCUUUAAGCGAAAUUAACUUGUUUUUCUAUACCGAAUGAAAUUAUAUUAUGAUAAAUAAUACUAAAACUUAGAUAGAACUAACUGUUGUAAAUAGGAGCGUUUAGCGGAAACAAAUAUUCGUGUAAAUAUAAAAAAUUACGUUAUAAAAUAGUCGAAUGAACAAAGUGGAACGAAAACUCGCCGAACAAAUAAUUAGCUGUAGAGAAUAGUGUCAGUGCAAUCUUCAAUAAAUAUUUGUUUGGUUGUUUGAGUGUUUAUUAUAUUUAUUUUUUACUAGCUUUAUCACAGAACGAUGUAUUUUUUAGCUUAGUACAAACUUUUGGAUGUGCCAAACUGUUUUAAGCACGUUUUAUCGCAUUUAGCGAGUCUCUGCAAUAUUUAGUUGCAUUAAGUUUCCAAAUAAUAUUUUUAUUCUAUAGAAAUCGUUUAACAUAUUACGUUUUAACUUUCACGCAAUAACACGUCUCAUGCUAGUCAAGUUUUGAACGCACAAAAUGUUCUAUUUUCAAAUUAAUAUCGAAAUUUUUUACUUUUUUUUCAUAUAUCUGUUUUUUUUCUUGGCUUAUAAUUUUAUUUAAAUGCCAUAUUAGUGAUAAUUGUAAAUACGUAGGCACUUUAGACAAUGUUGAUGCGUCUGUUUAUUAUUAUUUUUAAAAGAAAAUUAAAAUAACAAUUUAUUUUAUUAUUAAACGGUUAUUAUUUUUGACGAAAAAAAAUCUAAUUAUUUACAAAUUAUUUUUAUUUUGUAUAGGUGUAAAUAAAUAUAUUGAAUAUUAUGUUUUUUUCAUAAGACUGCCGUUAUUUUUCUUUUCUUUAUGUAAAUAAAUACGUGAUUGUUCAUGAAAUAAUAAUAAAAAUAGCGAUUAUUCACUGAAUCGAUGACAUCGUCGACCGACGAACGCCUAAUUGGACUUCGUCGAAUACUAAAAUCAUUUUCGACGAAAAUAGUCUUGGAUGGACUACAAACACGAGACAUUCUUCAACACGGACUCAGACACAGCCCAAAUAAUAUAUUUAUUUUCAUUUUACAUUAAUCAAAUAAAUAAACAAUAGCCCGAAUCAUUUUUAAAUGAUAAACGAAGCACUAAGCUUCAAUCAAUACAAUGGUAUACAGUUGCCCGAACAGUAGUUUAAUAGUUCACGAAAAAAUUGCAAGAUCGUCCUAUUACGAAUGUUCUAGAACGAUUCUGCAAUCAUAUAAGAAUGUCAAGUGUUGCCGAAUAUUAAUUCUUUUAAUAUUAUCAUCGUGUAUUAUAAUUAAGUGUCGAUUCUUGCGCAUAUGAGCGCACCAGCGCACAUGUGCGCAAGAAACGAGUAAAUAAUAUAAUCGUAACAUAGGUCAAGUUAUCGUAAGCUGAUUUAACGUAUAUAAUUAUUUCAUUCUUGAAUUAAUAUUGGAAUUUCGUCAAACAGUAACAUUUACAUAGCAUACUUCAUAAUGUGUAAUGUCACUGUUAUGAGAUUUCAAUGUAAAUAAUAAAAAAACCACAAUGCAAUAGCCCGAACUCGUUUACGUUUAAGUCGUAAUUUUUACGUUAUGAGAGUAAUAUUUUGAUUAUUGUUUUCGAUUAAGAAUUUUUUAUUUAUUAAAUACAAAACUUUUCGGCCGAUGUUUUAUUAUAAUUUGGAGUGUAUUGGACGGUACGACGCGAAGGGUUACCCGAUGAUGAUUAUGUUUUCUAGGAAACGUGAAAUCUCACAUUUGGACUCAAAACUGAAAUAUUUCGACUGAUAUUACACAAAACGAAACAAACAAAAAAUAUAUAUAUGGAAAUUAAAAAAAAAUAUUCCAACAAUCGCAAUAAAAAAAUAAGUGAACGGAUCGCUAUUUAUGUAAAAAUUUUCACAUAAAUUUAAUAUAUAAAUAAAUUUAAUAUAACAACAGAAAAAAAGUUCCUAUGAAUAUUGUAUAAAUGGUAUUGUUUUAAAUUUAGGUCGUAGUAGAUGGAAAAAAUUUAUGGACGUUUGGUAUUUUUAAAGUUAUAAAUAAUCCAUCGUGUUAAGGAACUAACUCGUGACUGCCGAGUUGUACAAAAAUAAAAAAAGCACGGAUCAAGUAUCCUAAAUUUAGAUAUUUAGAGCAAAAGUUACGUUUCCAAGAAAGUGUUCAAUUCAAUCAACAUUUAUGUGAAUACAUGAGGAAUAUUUGUAAAAAAAAAACCGUAUUUUCGAGAUAAUAAAAUUUUAAUAUUAGAUAAGGACUUUUUGAGUAAAUUAAAAAGAUUAUUAGGAGAUCUUAAUGUACUCACACAAAUGUCGAACAAACGUAUUUUCUGUGAUCAUCGAAAAGGAAUAGUAAUAAACUAACAGAUCGUGUCUGCGAGUUGUCAGAAAUUACUUUAAGUUUUUGAAGGUUACAUUUUUUAAUGUUAAAACGAAAAUAAGGAAGAUGAAAAAAAUUUUUUCUACAUUUAUUUUACGAUGAAAAAUUCCAUAGAUAAGCUGUGUACAUUUAAUAAUAAAAAUAAAGCCUAAUUAACAGUAAAUGGCCGAUCGGCCGCUUGAAACGAACAUUAGGAGGAUGUACUUGAUCACUUUCUUUACAAUUACAUCUUUCUAAUUCGUUAAUUAGUAUCAAUAGUACUGGUUUAUGUUAAAGUCACUCUUCAAAACGGAAAAUCACUGGAUUUUUCGAAACGAUGCGCUGUUGGUGUAGCUACGAUGGAUAUGACACAAUCUUAUAUGUUGUAGUUUAAUUGGCGUUUAAUGUUUAAAAUAAUUGUUUUACAAUUUUUGUUACUAGGAAAAUAAGUUGAUCAAUUUUGAAACAAUAACAUCGUUAUUUCAUACUAGAAAUAAUAAAUAACAGCGAGAGAUGUGUUUUGUCUUCACAAAAUUUUUGUAAAUUGUAUUAAAAAUUACGCAGGAGAUAAAUUUUAAAUAUGUUACAUUUUGAAAAAAAAAAAGAGUUUAUUGACUUUUAAAUAUUAUAAACAAAAAAUAUAUCUCUCGCUGUUGUUAUAUCGUGGUAUGAUGGAAAUUCAAAUGCAACGAUUCUGUUUUCAGACGAAACCAAAAACGACCGAUAAACAAAUCGUGGCAAAAAAACGCUCACGGUCUAUUACGAAAAUAAUCAAUAAAAUAAUCCGUUAAAACGAAAAUGAACACAAAGGAUUUGACAAUAAAUAAAAAUUUUAUGGAUUAAUAUCGUAAUAGAUCAAAACAAUUCGCGUUUUCAACUUGCGAUUACAUUACAUUUUUUAUUUAAAGUUAAAUUACAUUUCUGAACUUGCACGUUCACGCACACUAGUGCACACAUCGUGCAAGGUUGGAAAUGUGAGAAAUUGUUAAGUUUUUAAAUAUAAAUUGCUGUUGAUUUGAAUUAAUCAUCCUUAUUGAAUGUUAAUGUUUAUGAUUUAACGCUUCAUAGUUUUUGUUAAUUAACAGCUUGUUUUAAAUAAUAUUUAGUCAAAUAUACACAAUUAUUAAUCGUAAUUUAAGCUUAGACAGGAUAGCCAGGUUUUCAAUUCAUAAUUCACAUAGUAGUAAUUUCAUGUAUCUUAUAAAGUAAGUUAGUAAUUAAUGUAAUGUAAUUCAGGGCUCUUUUAUAAAACUCCGUUAUAUAAAGAGGUGUAUUUUUUAUAAACGGGUCCAGAGAUAACAUGUACUAAGCAAAUACUUAUUCCAGAAUUGCUUACUCCGUGUCGUCUAUGUAGUAACAACGAAUAAAAAAAAAACAAAUAAAUACAAAAAAAAAUACUUGUACUUAAACGUACUUAAAUAUUAUAGUUAAUGAAUCUCCGUAUUGAUGUUUAAAGGAUAAUAAUCAACAUGAUACGUGUCAUAUCCAUUGAGAUCUUUUUGUGUCAUUUUUUUUAAUAUUUUGAACGAGUAAUAUUUUUAUUAUCUGUGAAUUUUUUAAUGUGAAAACAUUUACGUUUUAUAACAUAAUUGAAUUUGGAACUGAUUCAGAUGUAUUUGGUUUACAUUUUCAGUUUGAAAAUAUUGUAUUCUUUUUUUCACUUUACAAAAAAAAAACAUUUAUUUAAUAAAAAAUGCUUGGAAUGUUUGUUAAUCAAAAUUAAGCCAACAGCGCAUUUUAAACAACAUAGCCUCAUAAUGUCACGUGGGCAUUAACGUUGUUCUUAAAGCACUGAUUACAAGCAAAUUAACAAAAAAUAACUGAAAACCGUUUUCAUAAUCUUUGCUUGCUUUUCAUAAAAAUAAAAAUUUGAGUAUUUUUUUCCAAUUGGUGUAUUUCUAGUCUUAUUUUUAUACAAUUUCUACAUUUUAACUGUCGUGCGAAGUAUAAAAAAUUGAAAAUGCGAAUUAGGAACACUUUUUGGACGAUAUUGUACCUUAUUAUAAACGCUAUGAAGUUUAAAAUUGUAAAUUAAUGGAAAAAAAAUUCAAAAUUAAGUAUCUAUUUGGCGUAAACUGUAAAAUUGUUUAGACAUUAGAAAUAAAAAUUAACGAUUAGGUAGGAGUCGAAAUUCAAGUUUGGCGUUUAUGUAAUGAUUGGUAAAUUAUAAAAAAAAAUGUAAAUAAUUUAGGCAUGUGAUACGGUCGUGACUUGGCUCGGACUUAUCAUACGAUGUACCUAAGUCAUAAGACAAAUACUGAAAAAAAUUAGCUUCAUAAACACGACAAAAUUAAUUUCUUAUUUGUAUUUUUUGUAUAGAUAACGUAUGUUAAAAUUAAUUUCUAGUUACGUUAAAUUUUUCGAUGCCAUGUUUUGUUUAGUGUAAGCCGCAAUGUGUUUAUUGAAUAUUAUAUUUUUAUAGAGGUUAUAUUUUUUCGUACUCUAUUCGUAACUAAUACGAAACACUAUGUAUUUAAUAGUUAAGUUUUAGUGUUGAAUUAUGUUAUGCAAUAUUUUUAAUUUACUAUUUACUUGAACAAAUUUAACACAUUAAUUUUAUGUUAAAAUUAUUUUUAACAACGGAAAAUGCUUACUGUGUCAUUAAAAUGAGAAUAGUAACUAUUAUUGCCGAAACGGUUAGCUAUAAUUAUUUUAAAAAAUAAAAAGGAUGAUUCAUA